GCCUGCCCAGUCGGAGAAGGUCCGUUAAGACGGAGCUCGGCCACUUCUCGGGAGCUGUUAGGACAAGUACGAAGCGAAGAUGUCGGAGCGGAAAGUUUUAAACAAAUACUAUCCACCUGACUUUGACCCGUCAAAGAUUCCCAAACUCAAGCUGCCCAAGGAUCGGCAGUACGUCGUGCGCUUGAUGGCACCCUUCAACAUGAGGUGUAAGACGUGUGGAGAGUACAUCUACAAGGGCAAGAAGUUCAAUGCCCGCAAGGAGACGGUGCAGAAUGAGGUCUACCUGGGCCUGCCCAUCUUCCGCUUCUACAUCAAGUGCACGCGCUGCCUGGCAGAGAUCACCUUCAAGACAGACCCCGAAAACACAGACUACACCAUGGAGCACGGAGCCACGCGCAACUUCCAGGCCGAGAAGCUCCUGGAGGAGGAGGAGAAGCGUGUGCAGAAGGAGCGGGAGGAAGAGGAGCUGAACAACCCCAUGAAGGUACUGGAGAACCGCACGAAGGACUCGAAGCUGGAGAUGGAGGUGCUGGAGAACCUGCAGGAGCUGAAGGAGCUGAACCAGCGGCAGGCGCACGUGGACUUCGAGGCCAUGCUGCAGCAGCACCGCGUGUCCCAGGAGGAGCGCGAGCGGAGGCAGCGUGAGGAGGACGAGCUAGAGACUGCGGCCCUGCUGGAGGAGGCUCGCCAACGUAGGCUUCUAGAGGAUUCUGACUCAGAGGACGAGGCCAUCUCUGUCCCAUCACAUCCAGCCACAAAGCCCAACCCCACUACCAUCCUGGAUGAGGCCCAGAAGGCCAAGAGGAAGGCGGAGGGCAGCAGGACCCAGCUGGCUGGCUUAGUGGUGGUGAAGAAGACAAAGCUGGACGCCAAGGGCCACCAGGGAGCCCCUGACAGCAGGAAGGCGGCUGACUCUGCAUCCCCAACCCCUACUGCCUCCUCCCUGAGCCAGCUGGGUGCCUAUGGGGACAGUGAGGACAGUGAUGGCAGCAGCUGAGCCUUGCCCAUCUCCAUCCCAGUCCAGUGGGAUCCAUCACUGGCUACCUUAGAAGCCGGAGGCAUGGGCAGGAGGCCCAUCACCCUCCAGCACUGCCAUGCGCACAGCGUCUGCUGAGGACCCUGGGAGCCUUGAUGUCCACACUGAAGCACCUCCAGGCCAGCCUCCCAGCAGGGUGUUGAGAGCUGCAGUGUCCCGGCUUCACCAAGGCCUGAUUCUCUCUCGUGAGCACUAUGGAAACAUACUGUGCUCUGAAUCUCUUCCCCACAGAACUCAAAACUGUCCAAAAUGGGCACAGCUCUGGGUUCUAUUCCCAGCACUGCAAAAAUGACGAUGAAACUGUGGAGCAGCAAUGGUCCUGUGCUGAGGACCAGGCUCUGGACUCAAUACUGUCACAGCCUUGGGUUGCAAACAUCAGUGGACAAAGGUCCUAGGGUAUCUCCUGGCUGGAUCCCAGUCUUCAGGGGGCUUCAUGAGGGCCCCAAUGGUGUGGCUGGUCCUGUCUCCAGCCCCUAACCCAUACAAGGGCUUAGUAGGCAGUCACAGCAUCAAUUCACAGAUGUGGAAAGCUAGGUUUCAGGAGUUCCAGGGCUCUGCCUGCUCCCCUGUACCCUUCCCACUGAUUGAUCUGUUUUGUUUUUAAAGGUAGGGUCUCACUGUAGCCCCCAGGCCGACCUGGAGUUCACUAUGUCUUAGGCUGGCCUCAAACUCACGGCAACCCUCCACCUCUGCUUCCAUGGUGCUGAUUUGGCGCAUAUAUAUAUACUUUUUAAAAUGCAAGAUCUCACUCUCUAGCCUAGUCUAGCUUCUAUUCUAACUUGAUGUCCUCCUGCCUCAGCCUCCUGAAUGCUGAGAUCACAGACGUGUGUCAACACACUUAGCCUGGAAUGUUCUUCCUCCCUCCCUCUCUUUUUCUGUCUGAGUCCAGGCUGGUGUCAGACUCACUAUGUAGCUGAGGAUGACUUUGAACUCCAGAUCUUCCUGCCUCCACCUCUCCAGUGCUGAGGUGACAGGUGUAUGGCACAAUGCCUGGUUUAUGUAGCACUGGAUAUGGACUCCAGGACCUCAUGCAUGCUAGGCACUGUGUCCACUCCACCCAGGCCCUGGAUUUUUUACUUUUAAUUCUGAUUUUCCUGGGAGACUGUUCUUUCAUCCAUGCCCAUGGACCCCUCUCAUGGAGAUCUGUGGUGGGUGCUUACUUGCCCCUCCCCUACUGCUCACUCCAAGGCUCAGGCUGUCAUCUGGUCUCAGGGAGCUGUCAGGCCUGAUCUCACAUCCCAUCCAUCAGCUCCCUUGGUGCCACCUGGCAGCCGGAGCGCAGAGGGACUGGAUGGGGUUUCUGGUGGAGCCACCCCAGCUGCCUGCUCUGGCCUCACAAAGAAGGGCUCAUGCUAGCGCUCUGAACCCUGGUGCCCAGUUGCUGACCACCAUGGCAGAGGAAGAGACACUCAGCCCAGGGAUCCGAGGGAGUGAGGGACUUGUAUGGAGUCUGCAAGGCCCCCCAGUGGCACUUUUCAUCUUGGAGCCCCAUGGCGCUUACCACAGACUGGAACGUUAGGGACAGGCUGAGCCUCCCCUGUCUGACUUGGGGACCUUGGAAGUCAGGCCUAUGCCUCAUCCAUUAAACUGGAGACACAGCCUCUUGUCAGGCUGUGCACUGCAGAGGACCAACUCUGGAGUCCCCCGUGGACUGGGAGUGUGUUUAGGCGUGUAUCUCCUCCAUGAGACUUCAGGCUUCCCAGGGCAAGAUGGUUUCUCUGCCAUUAGACCGACUCAAGGUAGACCCAUCUCAGGAGCGCCUAGGAGUCUUUGUGGCCCAUAAUGGGCCCCACAUCUGUCCCCUCAGCUACUAGCUCCUUCCUGAAAUCCCACCAGCCUACAUGCAUAGAUGGUGCACCUACGGUGUGCCACACAGUGAACCUGCAGCCAUGAACAGCAGCGGAGGCCUUGAGGACAUGUCGAGGUCACACAGAGCAGGACUCCAUGACAGGAAACGUCCAGAACAAACCAAUCCAGAGACAGGAAGUGGAUCUGUGGGGGGCUGGGGAGGGUUGGGGCUUCCUGUGGGAUGAUGGAAUGUUCUGGAACCAAUACUGUGUGUACCCAGCGUUGGGAUUACACCAAUAUCCGCGGAAGCGUACCCUCA